AUGGAGUUUUUAAAGUCAGCUGUAGUCUCUGCCAUAUCAAAAGGCCCUCAUCUUCCUUACAGUUUUGGCGACCAAAUAAACAUCGACCUUGGAAUCUGGACACUCUACAAUGGUACCAAACGUGACGAUGGAUCAAAAUGUAGCAUAUUUUCAUUCGAAAUCAAUGCUAAAAAAUCCCUACUUCCAUUGGCACGAAACGCAGUUAAAAAAUUCCGAACUCUUCGACACCCCAGAGUUAUCAAAGUUCUAGAUACUAGUGAGACUGAGUCCUACAUAUAUAUUGUGACAGAAAGGGUUUUACCCCUCAUGUUCAGCAUUAGGGGGAAGAGCAUGAGCCCAGAAACCAUAAAGUGGGGACUUUUUAGUGUAGCUCAAACAUUCAAGUUUAUUAACGAUGACGCUGCCUCAAUUCACGGAGCUCUUCAACCAAGUUCUAUUUUUACCAAUGAAAGCGGCGAAUGGAAAGUGGGUGGAUUCGAAGUACUGAGUUCUGUCAAUGAUACCGAGGCUAUCAUACAUAACUAUGGAAGUCUUGUUCCAAACUCCAAGAAGUAUGCGCCGCCUGAGCUGGCUAAAUCUAGUUGGAACACGAUCAAAAACAACCCACCAACUGCAGUUGACGCCUACAACUUUGGAGUUCUAAUUUCUGAAGUGUUUACUGGAAAAUUUUCCGGGGAGACACAAGCUACGCAGGCCACAAACAUACCUUCAGAUAUGAUUCCAGGUUAUCGGCGUCUAACAAAUGUUAAUCCAAAAGCUAGGAUUAGUAUUGGCAACUUUCUCGAUCAAGGUCGUCGAAACGGUGGUUUCUUCAGCACUCGACUGAUAAAAUUGACGGAAGAAGUAGAUCAACUAGGAAUGAAAAGUGAACACGAAAGAGAAAUAUUUUUAUCACGAAGGGACUUAGAACAAUUAUCCGAUGAUUUCCCAGAAGAUUACUUGAAGACAAAGGUGUUGCAGGAGCUUUUAAAAUCCAUCGAGUUCGGAGGAGGCGGCUCCAAGAUUUGGGAUGUCGUUGUAAAAAUCAGCCAAAAUCUCUCCGAUGAUGAAUUUGACUUGAAAAUAUCUCCUGCAGUAGUGCGACUUUUCAACAGUUCUGAUCGGGCUAUCCGCGUAUCACUACUUGAUAGUCUACCGCAUAUAAUUGAUCGAAUUUCCUAUAAAAUCGUUAAUGAUAAAAUAUUCCCUCAAUUAGUGACCGGAUUCACGGACACUGCACCUGUUGUUCGUGAGCAGACUGUCAAAUCUGUUCUUACAAUCAUAAACAAACUUUCAGAAAAAACCAUAAAUGGAGAGUUACUAAGGCAUCUUGCUAAAACCGCAAAUGACGAACAGCCCGGUAUUCGAACAAAUACUACGAUUUGUCUAGGAAAGAUAUCGAAAAACCUUGGAGACCGGACUCGUGCAAAGGUCUUAAUAGCAGCUUUCACACGUUCUCUGGCUGAUCCUUUUGUCCAUGCUCGUCACGCAGCUCUCACAGCCAUGUCCGUGACCUCGGAUAUAUUUAGUGCGGAAGAUUGUGCAAACCGAAUACUGCCUGCUUUGUGCCCAUGCCUAAUUGACAAGGAGAACCUAGUCCGAGAACAAGCAGUUAAGACAAUUGAUAUAUUUUUUAAAAAAAUACGUAAAUUUGCAUCUGCUUUGCCGGACUCAGCUCUUUCUCCACCAGCAACAGAUUCCUCUACAUUAGCGCCACACAUGGGUCCAUCUCAAUCAAAUGAAACCUCUUCCUGGACAGGAUGGGCUAUAUCUUCUUUCACAAAUAAAGUUUCUGGGGUUGCGGGCGAGAUAAUAUCAAAUAAUUCUCCAAAUAUGAUUCCCCGUCCUUCUUCUGCUCCUUCUAAUGAAACUGGCAAAACUGUUGCCCCAAAUACGAAUUCAAGCGACUUUCCGACAUCAAAAACUAGAGUUAACAACUUAUCCAGCUCUACAACUCCCUACAACUAUUCUACAGAAAAUGACACUGAGGAAAUAGAUUUUGACGUCUGGGAACAAGACGAUACCUUUUUUGACGCGCCUUCCGAGUCCGUACGUACACCGUAUGUCAGUGCCUCAAAUCCGUUCGAGAAAGAGGAUGAGCCAGAUUUUGCCGGCUGGCUAGCUGCCCAAGCUGGAAAGAAAGCUGGAAGCAAACCUUUACCUAAAGGGCUUGCCAGAUCUGUGACUUUAGGGGCUACUGUCUCGACAAGUCGUGUGAAAAACACUCCCACAAGAAAUAAAAAUACGAAAACUCAGGCCACCACGGUACCUGUUGCAACCAAAAUAGACACAACGCCUCGUGAUGACGAUGAUGAAGAUGGCUGGGGAGAUGGUUGGAACACCUAA